AUGGAUCCCACAGGGCCGCCCAGAAAGACAGUUUGGCAGAAGGCGCUACUCUUCCUUCUGCUCCAGCUGGCGAUUGCUGCCAUCCUCUUCACCUACGUCCGGACCGGGUCGAAGGCGGGCGCCUCCUUCUCCGUUUUCCCCAUGCUGGUGUCACGCAGCCUGUCCGGCAACCGGUCUGUGCCGUACCUGGGCUCCUCCGGGCUCACCAUCCUCCUGUGGACCUGGCCGUACGGCAUCCACGUCGGCAUCGAGAACUGCACCGAGGUCCUGGGCGUCCCGGACUGCCACUUCACCGCCGACCGCAGCUGGUACCAGAAGGCCGACGCGGUGCUGGUCCACCAUCACGACGUCUACCUGAACGCGGCCAAGCUCCCUCAGCAGCCCCGGCCGGCCGGCCAGCGCUGGAUCUGGUACAGCCCGGAGCCCCCCAGCAAGCACCCCGUCCCCACCUUCAUGGACAACCUCUUCAACCUCACCAUGUCCUACCGGAGGGACUCGGACAUCUACGCCCCGUACGGGUGGCUGGAACUCCUCGACCAGCCUCAGGAGUUCACCAUCCCGGCCAAGUCCAAGCUCCUGGCCUGGGCCGUCAGCAACUGGAAGCCCAGCUACGUCCAGCCCCGGAUCAAGUACUACGAGGAGCUGAAGAAGCACAUCCAGGUGGACGUCUACGGGCGCGGCCACGUGGCCCUGCCGGGGAACAGGCUGCUGCCCACACUGUCCCAGUAUAAGUUCUACCUCGCCUUCGAGAACUCGCAGCACGACGACUACAUCUCCGAGAAGGUCUGGCGGAACGCGUUCAUGGCCGGGACGGUGCCCGUGGUCAUGGGGCCGUCCCGGAAGAACUACGAGCGCUGCUUGCCCCCGGGCUCGUUCAUCCACAUUGACGACUUCCCGAGUCCCCGAGAACUGGCCGACUUCCUGCGCGAAGUGGACGGGAACGCCACGCGCUACGCCGGCUAUUUUCAGUGGCGCUCCUGGCUGAAGCCGGUCCACUACAAGUCGUGGGGCUACCAAUUCUGCAAAGCGUGCCGGGGCUUGCAGCGGCUGCCGUCCAUGUACCAGGCCUUGCCGGAGCUGAGCAAGUGGUUCAAGUGA